AUGGCCUCUUUCUUCGCAAACGUUCGCCAAGGAUUGGCUGGUCGAUCCAACAAGGGCCAGCAGCAGCAGGGCAAAGGUGGCUCUGCAUCGCCAACAACUCCAUACUCAGCAUCACCAACUUCUCAACAACCUCCUGGCCAACCGCCCAUGCCCCAUUCUCCAGCUUUAUCGUCUGCCAUGUCGUUCGAAAGCCAAGGUGCCCCGUCGGAUGGGUCCGUGCCGUCUGGCUCCCGCAGACCGCCUUUCUUCUUCCGCGAAGAGUACUCCAACUUGAUCGUCAAGGGUAAUUUUAUGACUUUGGCUGCAAAGCCAAAGCUUGUUGAAGAGGGUGAAUGGCUCGCACAUCAGGUUGUCGAGCAGUACAGGCUACUGGAGCAAAUGAUUGAAAUCAUCAAAGUGGUAGACGACCGGACAGGCAAGCCUGUCUGCAAUCCAGAUACAUGCCCUACAAUGUCUGCCAGCGGCCAUACAUACACCUGGCUAGACAACAACAAGAAGCCCAUCAAGAUCCCCGCAAUUCAAUACAUCAACCUCGUACAAAAGUGGAUUGUAGGCAAGAUCAACGACCCCAACAUCUUCCCCACAGACACCACAGCCAUUUCCAUCGGAGCAUCAACGUACGCUUCUGGUUCGAUGACACCAACCUCAACCCCACAACCUCUCCCACCUACCAAUUCCAAUGCUCCAUUGUCUCAACUUGCAGGGCGCGAGUGGCUCGGCAAGUCGUCUGGUUUCCCCGAGACUUUUGAGGGUGAUAUCAAAAGUAUCUAUCGCCAGAUGAUGCGGUGCUAUGCGCACAUCUACCACGGUCACUGGCUAGACCCCUUCUGGAACGUGAGUGCGUACAAGGAACUCAACACCUGCUUCAUCCACUUUAUCAACGUCGGCAAGCUGUUCAACUUGAUUGGGGACAAGGAGAUCGAGCCCAUGCAGCCGCUGGUCGACCUUUGGGCUGAGAAGGGUCUGCUUCCGCCAAUCACAGCGGCCAAGGAGAACGCACCGCCCAAGAGCUCACACGGGCAGCAGGCUGCACCCGCGUCCUGA